AUGCGUCGGCGUUACACCACGGCAGAAUUCGCACAUCUCGUUGAGAACUUACGACGCGUAUUUGGCGAUGAUGUCGGGAUUACUACCGACAUUAUGGUCGGGUUUCCCGGCGAAACGGAUGCCCACUUUGAGGAGUCAUGUCAAUUCGUCAAGGACAUCGGAUUCAGCCAACUGCAUGUGUUCCGCUACUCCCCUCGAAAAGGCACACCUGCGGCGACCUACCCGGAUCAGGUGUCUCCACACGUCUCUGCAGCACGCAGCCAAGCGAUGAUUGCUCUUGGCGAACGCCUGAACAUAGCGUUUCGACAACGGAUGCUUGGGAAGCAGAAAGAGGUGCUCAUCGAAGCGAGCAGAGAAGGGGACAAACAACCACCUCGCAGGCUUUACUGA